AUGGACGGCAAAGUGUAUGCCCUGGACCAGAACGGUCAGUUGCUGUGGGAGCAUGACAUGGGUUCUCCGGUAGUUGCGAGUCCGGUUUUACUGGAGCGCGGUUUGGUGGUGGCGUCGGUGGACGGCAAACUGUCGGUACUGCGAGCGUCCGGGACCGAUCACGGCCCAUCGCGGGAGAUAGCAUCGCUAACGGUGGGUGACGCAGAGAUUAAAGCGCCGUUGGCAGUGGUGAAAAACGCGGUUGGGCUGCCGUCGACGCCGACGGAUUCGGUGUAUAUCGGCUCAGACGAUGGCACCGUCCGUCGGGUUCAGGUGGUGUCCGGCAUCAAUAUACUGUGGUGCUUCGACACUACCGAACAGGCCCGAUGCAACUAG